CCACUCCCGGUCUCGCGGCGGCUGCGGCGGCAGCCACGGUGGCGGCGGCGGCGACGACGACUCCUCCCGCUGGGGGGCGCGGCAGCAGGGGCCAUGGCGGCGACCGCCGCAAACCCUGAGAUGGCAUCAGAUGUUUCAUCAUUGGGUGCAGCCAUUGUAUCUGGAAACCCUGGACCUGGUGUUCAAGGUGGGGGAGCCAUCACUCAGCGGACUAUUAAGCGUCGGCCAGGGCUUGAUUUUGAUGAUGAUGGAGAAGGAAACAGUAAAUUUUUGAGAUGUGAUGAUGAUCAGAUGCCUAAUGAUAAAGAGCGGUUUGCCAGGUCGGAUGAUGAACAGAGUUCAGCGGAUAAAGAGAGACUUGCCAGGGAAAAUCAUAGUGAAAUUGAACGUCGACGGCGGAAUAAGAUGACAGCUUACAUCACAGAACUGUCAGACAUGGUACCCACCUGCAGUGCCUUGGCCCGAAAACCAGACAAGUUGACCAUCUUACGCAUGGCCGUGUCACACAUGAAGUCCUUGAGGGGAACUGGCAACACUUCUACAGAUGGCACCUAUAAACCAUCCUUCCUUACUGACCAGGAGCUGAAACACCUGAUACUGGAAGCAGCAGAUGGUUUUCUGUUCAUUGUGUCAUGUGAGACAGGCCGAGUGGUGUAUGUAUCUGAUUCAGUGACUCCUGUCUUGAACCAACCACAGUCCGAAUGGUUUGGCAGCACGCUUUAUGACCAAGUGCACCCAGAUGAUGUGGAUAAGCUCCGGGAGCAGCUCUCCACCUCUGAAAAUGCUUUGACUGGUCGAAUUUUGGACCUGAAGACUGGGACAGUAAAGAAGGAGGGUCAGCAGUCUUCCAUGAGGAUGUGUAUGGGUUCAAGGAGGUCAUUUAUCUGCCGGAUGAGGUGUGGUAAUAGCUCUGUGGAUCCAGGUUCCAUGAACAGAUUGAGCUAUGUGAGGAACAGGUGCAGGAAUGGGCUUGGCUCUGUGAAGGAAGGGGAGCCUCACUUUGUGGUUGUCCACUGCACAGGCUACAUCAAGGCCUGGCCCCCAGCAGGUGUCUCGCUCCCAGAUGAUGACCCAGAGGCUAGCCAAGGAAGCAAGUUCUGCCUUGUGGCCAUUGGCCGAUUGCAGGUAACCAGUUCUCCCAACUGCACAGACAUGAGUAAUGUCUGCCAGCCAACAGAAUUCAUCUCUCGUCACAACACUGAGGGUAUCUUUACUUUUGUGGACCAUCGCUGCAUAGCUACUGUGGGCUAUCAGCCACAGGAGCUAUUGGGAAAAGAUAUUGUGGAAUUUUGCCAUCAUGAAGACCAGCAGCUCCUAAGAGACAGUUUCCAACAGGUGGUGAAAUUAAAAGGCCAGGUUCUGUCUGUCAUGUUCCGGUUCCGGUCCAAGAACCAUGAGUGGCUCUGGAUGAGAACCAGCUCCUUUACCUUCCAGAACCCCUACUCAGAUGAGAUUGAGUACAUCAUCUGUACCAACACCAGCGUGAAGAACUCCAACCAAGAGCAACGACCCACACUGUCCAACUCAAUCCAGAGGCCGCAGCUGGGCCCUGCAGCUAAUCUGCCCCUGGAGAUGGGCUCCGGGCAGCUGGCACCCAGGCAGCAACAGCAAACAGAGCUUGAUGUGGUAUCUGGAAGAGAUGGAUUGGCCAGCUAUAAUCAUUCGCAGGUCUCUGUCCAGCCUGGGUCAGCCACAGGUCCAGAGCACAGCAAGUCCCUGGAGAAGUCCGACAGCCUUUUUGGUCAGGAUAGAGACCCAAGGUUUGCUGAGAUCUACCCCAACAUUAGUUCAGAUCAGAGUAAAGGCAUCACGAGCAGCACUGUCCCAGCUAACCAGCAGCUCUUCUCCCAGGGCAGUACGUUCCCCACAGUCCCCAGAACAGCAGAGAACUUCAGAAACAACAGCUUGGUUCCUCCUGGGACCAUUGUGCAACCACCAGCUUCUGCAGGACAGAUGUUGGCCCAGAUCUCCCGCCACUCCAACCCCACACAGGGCACAGCUCCUGCCUGGAACCCUAGCACCCGUCCUGGCUUUGUUGCCCAGCAGGUGGCCCCCCCUCCCGCAUCCAAGACUCGGUCCCCUCAGUUUGCUGUCGGUAGCUUCCAAACACCGUCUUCCUUCGGCCCCAUGUCUCUCGCUGGGGCCCCCACUGCAUCGCCAGGUGCUGCUGCCUACCCCGGCCUCGCCAGCCGGGGCUCUAGCUUUGCCACAGAGGGCGGACAGCCCACGGGACAGUUUCAGGCCCGCACAACAGACGGAGUGAAUGUGUGGCCGCAGUGGCCACAGGGGCAGCAGGCCCACCACCGAUCUGGCGCGGGGGAACAGCACGUGCAGCCACCGCCACAGCAGCCCAGCCAGCCGGAAGUCUUCCAGGAGAUGCUGUCUAUGCUGGGAGACCAGGGUAACACCUAUAACAAUGAAGAAUUUCCUGACUUAGCCAUUUUCCCUUCUUUUUCAGAAUAGAACUGUUGGGGUGAGGAUUAGGGGGUGGGGGAGAGAAAUCACUUUUUGUUUUUAAAAAAAACAAAUUUUUCUGUAAACUGAAUAAAGAUACUCUCCCUUCCCCUCCCUCACCCCCAAAAUCCACCUCAUGCCCCCAGUGUUCCCUAUCUCCACUCACUUCCCUCCCCCUGUCCCCGGUAGAAUGGUCAGAAUUAAUGGAAUGGAUCAUCAAGGCUCUUGAGAACUUUGAAAACUGAGACCAGAUGGACUGGGGGAUCUUUUCCCUUUUUCUCCUGACCAGAGCUUUGUGCAGAGAUGAAGCUUGGAGUGUUCCAGGCUGGAAGAUACUACACAGAGACCUCCAGGUCCAGCUGCAGAGUGUUUGAUAAUCACCUUGGAUGCAGAGACUUUUUUUGGACAAACUCUGAAUUGGAUCAGGGAGGAGGGAUGGGGAAAAGGAGUAUCUCUGUGUAUAGGCCCAAGAAAGAGCAGGCACAUGGCUUUAGGAGUGGAUACAGAUAGUUUGUAUUGUGUGUAAUUCCUCUAGAAAGAAACAUGAGAGAGAGAGAGUGUGUGUGUAUGUCUGUGUGUGUGUCUCUUUCUUCUGUGGCGGGGGAUUGUGCAAACUCUGGUCCCUGAUUCUGUGUGUGUGCGUGUGUGUGUGUGUGUGUGUGUGUGUUUCAGAACAAGUCCUAAAGUGUUAAUUCCAGGUAUUUUCUGCUCCAUAUUGCAGCCAAAGUGUAUUUAGAUUAACUUCUUUGCUGUGUUCACAUCUAUGCCCAGCCAGUGUGAUCAGUUGUGUAGGAGUGUUUUGUGUGGGCACCUUCUCAUUGAACAUUGUCAGUGACAAAACUGGGUCAUUCUCAUUGUUGGCGGUGCUUCUCAUUUGGAGAGAACUUCAAGACAUGGAAAGUGGGCUCAGGUGCUAAACUUUUUUAAGAAACCCUAGACUCAUGGCCAUAAGGACUACAAUGCAUUUUCUGUCAGAAUUAUACACUGUACAAGCACUGUGGAGAAAAUAACCCCAUGGAAACUCAACUUCUUGGUUUGACAGCCCCAGUAAGAGGCCUUUAUCUACACUGGGCUAUACACCUUGAUACCAACUUCAUCUCAGAAAUAAGUUUUUUUUCAAUCCAGCCAGACCUAAACAGAAAAAAGGUGACAUUUUUCCUUGUUACUAGCACACAGAUGGAAAAUGGGUCUAUAAUACUACCCUUUGUUUUCCUCCUAGCCUUUAGAGUCAAGUUGGAUCUCUUAAAAUUUUUUGCUAGGUGUAUAAAGGGUCAAAUGGGUAUAAAUAUAAUAAUACUAUAUGGCAGAUGGGUUGGAACCCCUAUCAAACAGGGCUUCUCAGCAAUUAACAUAAUCGUCUGACUAAGGAUAUAGGCUACUACUAUGGCUUUUGAGCCUUUGGUCACAAACAGUGGAGUGACAGUUUUUUUUUUCUAUUGGCUCAGGCCAGUUUUUAAUUACAAGGCUGAGUUAUUAAGGGCAAGAUGUUUUUAAUGUAGUUAUAGGUGUCUUGAAAACAGAGAUAACCUUGGGGAGGUUAGAGGGGAAUGUCAUAUUGACUUGGCCUCUCCUGUCCCCUUCCUUUCACCCUGGUACCAGAUAGCAAAAGGACAGGGAGAAGUAGAUGUUU